UUCUUUCCCUUUUAUUUAUUAUUGUGUUUUUAAUUAAACAUUAUUGUGUUUCUGUAUUUUCUUUUGUUUUAAAAUGUAUUUUUACAAAUUUAUUUUUUAAUUGUGUAUUUUCAAGUUUGUAUUUUCUGUGUUUUUAGAUAACUGUAUUUCUAUUUCUUUCUUAACAAUUAUUAUUAUGUUCAUGUCUACGAAUCAGGCUAUUUACGGUCCAACUACCUAUGCUCAAUAUUUUGGGCCUAAACCACAACUUGUUCAUUGUCCAACCUGCAAUCAAAAUACAAAAACUAAACUUCAAUUUGUUGCUGGGUGGAAUUCUCAGUUGAAUUGUAUUGCGUCUUUGCUUAUUGGUUUUGUUGCUUGCACGUUCGGUAUUCUUUUUCUUUAUGUUCUUAUUGCUAAAGGUGGUGAUCCACUUAUACUCAUCUAUUUUGUUUUUUGUCUUAUUGUGGGGCCUCUUGCUUGUGCUUGCUCGUUAGCUCCAUUUUAUCAGGAUGUUUAUAAAGAUGCUAAACAUUAUUGUAGUGUUUGCAACAAUUAUUUGGGCAAAUAUGUACGAAACCCUCAAAGACCUAUAGUUAUACUGCCACCAGAAUCAUAUAAACAUAAAGUCUAUCAACCCAAGAAUAAUAAUUUAGUAGAGACUGUAUGA